UCUUCAAAAAUUCAUACACACAUUUCGGGAACGACACAAAUAGUAGACAGAAAAUAAAAUUCACCUGAACACUGAACACUUUGCACUAAAAAAUACAAACUCAUACUCAUCAUGCCACAGUCCCAGGAUGAUGAGGGUCCAAAAGCCGAAAGCUCCACCGAGGUCGCACUGGCUGAGAAUGCUUCGGAGGAUGCAAGUGGAGGAUGUCAGAACGGAGCUGAGCAGACACUAGAUGGCAGUACAUCCUAUUAUUUGGACCAGAAACAGAUUAACAAACGCUUCACAGAACUGCUAAACUUCUUCGAGGGUUACGCCAAGAUCAUGGACGGAGACCAGAAACAACAACUUAAGCGCGCUCUAAGCCCUGAUCAUUCGGCGGGUAUUGGUUCAGAUCACACAAUCAAGGCCGCCACCUGCGAGGUGAGCAUUCAGACAUCCCGGACACUCCUGGAACAACAGCAGAACGACUCCAAAGCAGUAGAGGAAGGAGGAGUGGCCGUGUGCACCAAGGAAAAGCCCAGCCAGCUCCAGCAGCAUACCAUACACAUCGAGGUGGAGACAGUGCCAUCGGAGACAGAGAUGCACAGGGCGCCGCUGCGCCAGAGAUUUGGCAACGUUCUGCUCCAUGCUUUGGAAGGUCUUGUCAGCUGCUUGUACAUGGUUGGCGACAAUAUCACCUAUGUGAUGCUGUUCGGUGUCCUCUGCAUUUGGUGCUUCUAUCGGUGAUCAGCCAAAUAAAAUGUAUUUUUCCUUUCCGUUAAUUCGAUUGAAUCCUGGAUCGGAUUCUCGCAUUUUGCUGAUUUUUUUCAUUCAA